AUGGUGGCCGCGAGCGAAGGCAGAGCGAUGGUGCCUUUGCAGCGAGCACCAAGCAAUACCUCGCUUGCUCACCUUCCUGCCCUUCCUCCUGCCUGCUCUCACCUGCUGCUCUCACCUGCUGCUCUCACCUGCUGCUCUCACCUGCUGCUCUCACCUGCUGCUCUCACUGCUGCUCUCACCUGCUGCUCUCACCUGCUGCUCUCACCUGCUGCUCUCACUGCUGCUCUCACCUGCUGCUCUCACCUGCUGCUCUCACCUGCUGCUCUCACCUGCUGCUCUCACCUGCUGCUCUCACUGCUGCUCUCACCUGCUGCUCUCACCUGCUGCUCCUGUCCCAGGAAGAUUGAAGCACUUGCUUCAGCCACGUCACUCACUAUACAGCUCUCCCCGCCACCCGUCUUCUUAAGUGGCGACACUGCCGUGCCACGUGGCACUCAGGAGCUGCCACUCCAGCCGCUGAGGCUCAGUGUGGCCGGAGGGCAGAGGGAGGAGGAUCAGGCAAGAGGGACCGCCAUGCGCCCCCGUCACGUCAACAGAUGUCGCAUCUUCAUGGGAGUCAGGCAAGACGCAUUGCGCUUCGACGCGGGAGGCGCGGAGGGCGGAUGA